UGUUCGCUACACGUGUGCAUGGUUCUUUCACUUCACACGUGUGGACUGAUUAUUGCAGUAAACAAAAUACAAAGAGUUUUAUCGUAUUUGUCCAAAGGGCUUUCUCAUGAUUUCCCGCCAACUUAAUUUGAAAGUCCUUCACGCCAAGCCACGGACAAAUAGCCUCAAAAACUUUCACUCACUCAAACAUGGACACCACAUGUUCGAUCAAAUUCCUCACCCAAACGCUGCCUCCACUAACCGUUCCAUGCUCGAUUGUUUGCGCAAAAACCUUCCAUUUCAAGCUCUUGACAUCUUCAAGAGGCAUCUUCAAUUGGGUUUUGUCGACAAUGUUGAUCACGUCACUGUGGCGCUCGCGCUCAAGGCUUGUCAUGGAGACCCAAAACCCGGGUGCCAAAUUCACGGUUUUGCCGUUUCUUCUGGGCUUGUUUCGUACAUUACGGUUUCGAAUUCCUUGAUGAAUAUGUAUUGUAAAUCUGGAAAGUUUGCAAAGGCUUUAUGUAUCUUCGAGAAUCUGAGUGAUCCCGAUAUUGUUUCUUGGAAUACUGUGCUUUCGGGGUUUCAAAAGAGUGAGGACGCUUUGAGUUUUGCUCUUCGGAUGAAUUUGAAUGGUGUUGUUUUCGAUCCAGUGUCUUAUACUACAAUUCUUGCAUUUUGUUCAGAUGAUGAGUUUCUUUUUGGGUUGCAGUUGCAUUCCCUUGCAAUGAAAUUUGGAUUUGAUUGUGAAGUUUUUGUUGGGAAUGCGCUUAUAUCAAUGCAUUCAAGAUGCAGACAGUUAGUGGAAGCUCAAAGACUGUUUGAUGAAAUGCCAAAUAGAGAUUUGGUUUCGUGGAAUGCAAUACUAUCAGGCUACACUCAGGAGGGAGAUCACGGAUUAGAAGCAAUUUUUACAUUCAUUGAAAUGGUGAGAGAAGGGAUGAAGCUUGACCAUGUCUCAUUUACUAGUGCAGUUUCAGCUUGUGGUCAAGUAAGAAACUUAGAGCUUGGGAGACAGAUGCAUGGUUUAAUUAUGAAAACAGGGUAUGGGAGACAUGUUUCGGUUUGUAAUGUUUUGAUGUCUUUGUAUUCAAAGUGUGAGGUCGUUGAAGAUGCAAAAUUAGUCUUUCAGAUCAUGAAUGAUCGCAAUGUUGUCUCUUGGACUACGAUAAUUUCUGUGAAUGAAGAGGAUGCAGUGUCGCUCUUUAAUGAGAUGAGAUUAGAUGGAGUAUAUCCAAAUGAUGUUACAUUUAUUGGAUUAAUCCAUGCUAUAUCAAUCCAGACAUUGGUCAAAGAAGGCCAAAUGAUUCAUGGGUUUUGCAUAAGGAUUAGCUUUUUGUCCGAACCGAAUGUUUGCAAUAGCCUAAUUACCAUGUACGCUAAGUUUGAGGCCAUGGAAGACUCACUGAAGGUUUUUGAGGAGCUUAACUACAGAGAAAUCAUAUCAUGGAAUGCUUUAAUUUCUGGAUAUGCUCAGAAUGGGUUGUCUCAAGAAGCUCUGUGCACGUUCAUUUCAGCAAUCAUGGAGUCCAAGCCAAACGAAUACACAUUUGGUAGUGUCUUGAGUGCAAUUGGUGCUGCUGAGGAUAUUUCUUUGAAACAAGGCCAGCGAUGCCACUCUUAUUUAAUAAAAUUUAGACUUGACAUGGACCCAAUUGUGUCAGGUGCUCUCCUUGACAUGUAUGCAAAGCGUGGGAACAUUUGUGAGUCUCAAAAAGUCUUCUGUGAGAUGCCUGAAAGAACUCAAUUUGCUUGGACUGCAAUAAUCUCUGCCUAUGCUAGACAUGGAGACUACGAUUCAGUGAUAAAAUUCUUCAAGGAGAUGGAGAGGGAAGGGGUAAGACCUGACUCAAUCACUUUCCUUUCUGUACUAACCGUAUGCGGGAGAAAGGGGAUGGUUGAUGUGGGCCGUCAGCUCUUUGACUCUAUGGUCAAAGAAUAUCAAAUUGAACCAUCCCCAGAGCAUUAUUCUUGUAUGGUGGAUAUGUUGGGUCGGGCAGGACGAUUGGAGGAGGCAGAGGACUUGGUGAGUCAGAUUCCAGGACAGCCAGGAUUGUCAGUGCUGCAAAGCUUGCUUGGGGCUUGUAAAAUACAUGGUAAUAUGGAGAUGGGUGAGAGGAUAGCUGAUGCUUUGAUGGAGAUGGAGCCCACGGAGUCAGGUUCAUAUGUGCUGAUGUCAAACUUGUAUGCUGAGAAGGGGCACUGGGAAAAGGUAGCCAAAAUUAGAAAAGGAAUGAGAGAAAGAGGGGUGAAGAAGGAAAUAGGGUUUAGUUGGGUAGAUACUAGAGUUGCUAGGGGUUCCUUGUGUUUGUAUAAAUUCUCAUCAGGUGACAUGUCCCACCCUCAAACUGAGGAGAUAUUUAGGAUGGCAGAAUGCAUAGGAUUAGAAAUGAAAUUUUUGAGAGAGAGAGAGAGAGAGAGAGAGCAUUUGCAAGAUAACCUCGUAUAAGAUAGAUAGGUAGGAGCCCUCCAAUUUGGAGGGUUAAAUUUUUACAUAAAAUUGUUUGAA